GCGAUCUUGGGAGGCUUUAUCACGGAGGCCGCCGGCCCGCUGGCUGCUGUCGUUUUCUAGUCCGUACCCGAGGCCUUCGGUGUCACCACGGGAACAGCACCGCUUACACCAUGGUUUGUGUCCAGACCGCGCCACAGGUUCUCGGGAGACGUGGGUGCUCGGAGCCCCAUUAGUGCGGGAGCUCGGGCUGCAGGCAGCUGCGCGACGGCGAAACAAACAGAACCUCUGGAAUGGACGGACUCUUCCUGAGCACCUUUGCUAAUGUGCUGCAGCUGGACCAUGCUCCUCGUUAAUAUCUGCCUGUCAGCAUAAUCGUCACCUCAUUUCACUCCGGUGGCAGGGACUCAGCUCUGAAAUCUAUAUAGAAAAAGCACCUGGAUCCCAGUCUUUCAAUGGCUUCGAGACAAACAGAAGUGCCUGCUCUUGAGCCCAGUGGGCCUCUGGGCAAGAUGUCCCUGCCCAUCGGGAUGUACCGCCGGGCAUUCAGCUAUGAUGAUGCCCUGGAGGACCCUGCGCCCAUAACUCCUCCUCCAGCGGACAUGGGCAGCAUCCCCUGGAAGCCAGUGAUUCCAGAGCGCAAGUACCAGCAUCUCGCCAAGGUGGAGGAAGGAGAGGCCAGUGUCUCCUCCCCUGCUGUGACCCUGUCAUCAGCCACUGACAGUACGGACAAAGCCCCCGUGGUGAAGGCUAAAGCCACCCAUGUCAUCAUGAAUUCUCUGAUCACAAGACAGACUCAGGAGAGCAUUCAGCGUUUUGAGCAGCAGGCAGGGCUGAGAGAGGCUGGCUACACACCCCACAAGGGCCUCACCACCGAGGAGACCAAGUACCUGUGCGUGGCAGAAGCGCUCCACAAAUUAACGUUACAGAGUAGAGAGCGAACGAGAGAAGAGAAGCAGCCGGCCUCGGCCCAGUCCAGCCCCGGUGGCACCCCGCACUCUUCCCCUAAGCAGAAGCCCAGAAGCUGGUUCCCUUCUGGGCCUCCUGCAGCCUUACCCGGCCCGUAUCUUAGCACCAUGGAUUCUGGAAGUGGGGAUAAAGACAGAACCUCGGCAGAUAAAUGGAGUCUCUUUGGAUCAAGGGCCCUCCAGAAGUUCGACUCGGGAGGCUUUGCCACCCAGGCCUACAGAGGGGCCCAGAAGCCUUCUCCCAUGGAUCUGAUCCGAGUGCAGGCCACCCGAACAGCUGAAGACCCCGCUGCCUUCAAGCCGCCCAAGCUGGACGGCCCAGUGGUAGAAGUGAAGAAACCAGCGCCACGCACCCAUAACCUCAAACCCCGCGACUUGAAUGUGCUCACGCCCUCCGGCUUCUAGAGCUUUCUCUUCUAGGGACUCUGGAUAGAGGGUGUCUGGCACCCGUUUCCUUUUUACCUUGGCUCUGACAUGGGAGAGGUUUUGGGAGUUUUGUCUGUCUUUUAAAUCACUUGAACCGAGGCUGGAGCGGGAGACAGGGCGGGUCGUUGAGAAUCAGCAGUGUGAAGCUUGUCCUGUGGAGGGAGCCAUCGGGUGUCCCGUUAGUUUAGACCGAAUACUCCCGGCAGUGAGGUCUGGGGCCUUGUUGCUAUUUUUUGUGUCAUUUAGCCUAGACGAGACUGACCACUGCUUACUAGGUAAACACUUGAGUUGUUCCCGGACCGAGGCCUGGACCCCUCUACCACGAGCCGGUGAGCGUGGCGGGCUGCGGCGCAGAGGUGCUCGCUGGCUCGCUGGCCAGGCCUCAGCCCUCUGGGCUGUGCUGCUGUGCGCUCCACCCCGUCAGCCCGGGGACCUGCCGUCUGUUUGAGAUCGGGCACGUGCAGAAGCCAGCCGCGGCGGGGACCCUCUUCCUGCUCCCAGGCCGGGCCGGUCCUCCCUGCGGGGCCUAGCAAACGCAGGUCCCACACGUCCUUGUAGCACUUGAAAGUGAGAUCAAUUUAACUCCAGUUUGGUUGAAAACUUGCUAAGGGAGAAAAUUCAGCCUGCUGGUGUGGUGUAGGUAAAUGGACGCGAAGCUUUUUUAAAGUAAGGAAGGUGGGAACGACACGUAGAUGCUAGUCUUGAGGUUCGUGUGAGACCCAUGUCACCCGGUUCCGAUUUCCUGGUUAGGGGCCAGGACCUGAGAGGUGGGCGAAUGAGAAAACUUCGGCUCGCAGUCACUUCCCCAGCCAGGCCUCGUCCUGCGUGGGCACGGGGCUCCUGAGGGGACAAGCCUGGGAAAGCACCGUUCCCGUCUCCCCGUGUCUGUUGUCGGUCACUGUCCUGAACGCGGUCUCAAAUCCCGGCGGAUUCUGCUUUGGACAGAAGCACAUCCACAGCAGGAGCUGAGCUGGCCUUCAGUAGCGAGGCCCCGCAGUCUCAAAUGAUCAGUUAAUUUAUUUGUCUUCUGUUAGGCUUGCACUCUACUCGUUUUGACAAUAAAAGUCUGUACUGCUUUCCA